AUGGGAGGGAUGGGGAAAACAACUCUUGCUCAGCUUGUUUACAAUGAUCCCAGCAUUAAGGAGUCUUUCGAUCACAAGUCCUGGGUAUGCGUUUCUGAUGACUUUGAUGUUGUUAACAUAACAAAGACGAUUUUAAGAUCCCUCGAUGCUGACUCACGCGAUGAGAAUGACUUGAACUUGCUUCAAGUCAAGUUGAAGGAGAAGUUAUCCGGAAAAAGGAUGUUGCUUGUUUUAGAUGACAUUUGGAACGAGAGCUACGGUGAUUGGACCAUCUUACGGGCUCCAUUUGGAGCAGGAACCAAGAUUAUUGUAACAACUCGACUCCAAAAGGUUUCAUCUAAUGUUGAUUCGGUGAAAGCGUUUUACUUGGGUAAACUCUCGCAUCAUGAUUGUUUAUCCAUAUUUGCUCAGCAUGCAUUGAAAGCAAGAAACUUUGAUGGGCAUCUCCAAUUUAAAGAAUUUGGAGAGAACAUAGUGAGAAGGUGCAACGGCUUACCUUUGGCAGCAAAAGCCAUUGGAAGCUUAUUACGCACGGUUACGGAUCAUAGAGAAUGGGAAAAAGUAUAUGAGAGCGAGAUAUGGGACCUACCAGAAGAUCCAUGUGGCUUAAUUCCGGCUUUGCGAUUAAGCUACCAUUAUCUUCCUCCUCAUUUGAAACGAUGCUUCGCCUACUGCUCCAUAUUUCCUAAAGAUUAUGAAUUUGAAGAAGAAGAGAUAAUCUUGUUAUGGAGAGCAGAAGGUUUCUUGCAAUCAAAAGCUAAAAUUCAAGGCAAAGGUCUUGGAAACCAAUAUUUUCAAGAUCUAGUGUCAAGGUCAUUUUUUCAAAGAUCUAGUGAAGACAAUUCCCGUUUCGUGAUGCAUGAUCUUAUGAAUGAUUUAGCUCAAUCAGUUGCAGGAGAAAUAUGUUGCAGACUGGAGGGUGAAAAGCAACAAAAGUUUUCGCAUCGUUCUCGCCACUCAGCUUAUGUUAUCGAUGAGUCGUAUCAGAGUGUAAAGAAGUUUGAAGCAUUUUAUCAAAUGACUUCUUUACGUACUUUCUUACCAUUAGUAGCUCCAAGUUAUAAGGAUUUCUAUUUAUCUAACGUUGUCUUGGAUGAAUUAUUGCCAAGUCUUAGCUACUUAAGGGUUCUUUCUUUGGGUGGGUAUGAGAUCUAUGAUUUGCCCGACUUUUUUGAAAAUUUAAAGCAUCUACGCUACUUAAAUUUUUCUGGAACCCGAAUCAAUCGUUUACCUGAUUCUUUGUGUACUCUUUAUCAUUCGGAGAUUUUAAUCUUAAGAGAUUGUUCAAAUCUCAAAAAUUUACCCUGGAAGAUCGGAAACCUUGUCAACUUGCAUUUUCUUGAUAUUAGAGGUGCGGAUUCAAUACAAAGGAUGCCCUCCGGAUUUGAUCAGCUAACUCAGCUUCAAACGUUAUCUAAUUUUGUUAUAGGGGAAGGUGAUGGACCUCUUAUUAGAGAAUUGAAAAAUUUGUCAAACCUUAGAGGUAAUUUUUGUCUUUCUGGAUUGGAGAAUGUUAAUGGUCAAGAUGCGAGGGAAGCUAAGUUAAAUGAGAAGCUAGGGAUUGAUGGGUUAGAACUGCAAUGGGGUACAGACUUGGAGAAUAAUACAAGGAAAACAGAAGUUGAAGAGCGGGUGUUGGACUUUCUUCAUCCUCCGAAAAAGCUUGAGCAACUCAUCAUUGAGAAUUACGGAGGUGUAAAAUUCUCAUCUUGGAUAGCAGAUUCUUCCCUCAAGAAUUUGUCGUCUUUGAAGCUUCGCAAUUGUAAAAACUGCAAGUCACUACCAUCAGUUGGAAGGUUGCCAUUGUUAAAAGAUCUUUCAAUUAUUGGUUUCGAUCAAGUGCAGAAGAUUGGUGUUGAGCUCUUCGGAGAAAAUCAAUUGAAUCCAUUUGCAUCAUUAGAGAUUCUGUCUUUUGAGAGUCUUCCAAACUGGAAGGAGUGGGACACUUGUGAAGGAGACGAGAAGGUUUUGAAACUCCCCAGCCUUCGUAAGCUUUCAAUCAAAAACUGUCGUCAAUUGUUGGGAAGGUUGCCUACCCAUCUUCCUUCCUUGCAAAAACUUAAAAUUCAUAGGUGUACGAGUUUGGUAGUUUCAGUAUCAAGUUUACCGUCACUGUGUGAAUUAAGUAUACAAGGGUGUGCAGAACUGGUGGAUGAUUGCUCUUCUCCUGCAAAGGAGCUUUCCUCUUUGCAAACUUUGUCUCUUUCUAACAUUUCAAAGUUUAAUAUUCCAGCAGAUAGGACAAUGUUGAGGUUUGGAAACACAGAACAUUUUGAAAUUGAUGGUUGGGAGGAGUUGGCAUCUCUAUCACGGUAUGGGUUUAGUUUAGUUGGACAUCGUUUCAUUUCCGUUUGGGGUUGUCCUCAACUGCAGUCUUUGGAAGCAGAGGAAGCCGAAUUGCAACCUCACAAGAUUUCACGUGUUGAAUCUUUGAAGAUAGCUUAUUGUGAUAGGCUAAAUAGACUGCCACAAGUCUUACAUGAGCUCACAUUCCUUACAGUGAUGGAAAUUGGUAAUUGUCGAAGCUUAGUUUCUUUUGCAGAGAAUAACUUACCUCCUAAUUUAAAAAAGCUGAGUAUUACAAACUGUGAGAAUUUGGAGUAUUUGGUUGAUGAAAAAGAAGAUAAUAAGAGUAUGAGUAGUACCCUCUGUCUUCUUGAGGAGUUGUCUAUCGAUAAGUGUCCGUCUCUACUGUCUUUGUCAUCGAAGGGGCACAAAAAUAUUUGCAAUCAGCUUCAACUUCUCGAAAUUAACCAGUGCGAAAAGCUGAGUUGCCUAUUUUCAAACACCAAGUUUCCCAUAACGCUUAAACGUUUGAUAAUUGACGAAUGUCCGGAGUUGGAAUACAUAGCCCAAGAGUUUGAGGAAACCGCUUGUCUUGAAUCUAUUCUAAGUUUGAGUUCUGGAAUUAAAUGUCUACCACGAGGACUAGACAAGCUCAUCCAUCUCCAGGAGAUUUUUUUGCUUUCAUGUUCAAAUUUGGUUUCUUUUGAAGAAAGUGGGUUGCCCACCACCAGCUUCAGAGCUUUUGUAGUUGAUGGUUGUGGUAAUUUUGGAGCCCUUCCUAAGUGCAUGGCCAGCAUCACCUCCCUUCGACAAUUAAGAGUGUACAACUGUUCGGCUGACAUAUCAUUUCCAUCAGAGGGAUUCCCUGCCAAUCUCACAUCACUUGCAAUAUCAAACGCACCCAAGAUUUACAGGUCACUUAUGGAAUGGGGAUUAAAUAGACUCACCUUUCUUCAACAAUUGACCAUCGGAGGUGGAGGAUGCUCAAACGUGGUGUCGUUCCCAGAAGAAGGGACUGGAAUGAUGCUGCCUCCUUCUCUCACCCGUAUCUUCCUUUUAGAAUUUGAGAACCUGGAAUACAUGUCAUCCAAGGGCUUUCAAGACCUCGCCUCUCUUAAAGAAUUGGGCAUCGGUAAGUGUCCCAAGCUAAAAUCUCUUCCGGAAAAAGACGUGCUUCUCUCGGUUGGAUAUUUAAAAAUUUACAGUUGUCCGUUGCUGGAAGAAGGAUGCUCAAGCGAUAAAGGACGAGAGUGGUCUAAGAUUUCCCACAUACCCCUUGUUGAAAUUGAUGGUGACACAGUCAUCCCGAGGUAA